AUGGCAGAGUCAAACUGCGACAUACUUCUCAGGAUUUACCCACAAAUAUCAGAAUUGGAUAAACUCCAAGCAACAUUAACCGUAAACUGCGUUUUGAACAGUUUUAUUUGCUACACAGCUAUCAUGUUAAACAUUUUAACAAUCUACGCAAUUACAAAAACAUCUGCGCUACCGAAACCUUUGAAAACAUUGCUGGUGAGUGUUGCUGUAUCUGAUGUUGGUGUUGGUUUGAUAGUGGAGCCAUUCUAUCUCUCAUUAUUUUUCAAAUGGUUGCAGCUUCAAAAUCCAGACUGCACCUUCUUCUUGGGACUCCAUGUCAUUUUAAUGUUGUUUUCUAAAGCUUCAUUCUUGAAUGUCAUGGCUAUUAGUGUGGACAGAUUCCUGGCAGUUGAACUUCAUCUCAGAUACCAAACAAUUGUGACUCACAAGCGGGUUGUUGGAGUAGUAAUUUCAAUAUGGACUUUUACUAUCCUUUCAUCGUUAGCUUUGUUACUCUUUCCUUUUGCUGUACUCUCAACAAUACUGUCAGUAAUUGGAACCAUUUGCCUCCUCGUCACCACAGCUAUCUAUUGUAAGAUUUAUUAUAUCACACGACGCCACAAAAGAGAAAUUCAAGCCCAGCAAGUACAAGAACAAGAGGCACGAUCCAGACAAAAUAGUGAGAUGAGAAAUUUGGCAAGGAACAUGAAAACUGCUGUCGGUGUUUUAUACGUUUACUUUGCAUUUUUAGUUUGUUAUUUCCCACGCUUUAUCAUUUUGCUUGCCCGUGCAAAGAAUGUCCCCAGCAUCGUUGUUGCUAGUGUUCAGCUUUACACAUAUACGCUGAUGUUCUUCAAUUCAUCGCUAAACCCUAUUAUUUACGGCUGGACGAUAAGACACAUUCGACACGCUAUGGUGGACACCCUAAGAAAAUUAUAUACCAAUCGUGUGUUUUGA